AUGGCCGUCUCGGCUUCGCUUGGGCUUCUCGAUGACAAACCGGAAGUGGCUUCGUGGACUCUUUCCUUUCCCCCCCGGAAGUUAUUCAGCUUUCUUUCGCGUCUCCGAGAUGGACGUCGGAGAGAGGCAGGAGCCGUCGUAACUUUCGGGAAUGGUGAGGCAUUGUCGGGGCAACCUUUUCUAAAACCUCGGAGGUGGACCACCGUUAAGCGGGGGAAACAUUUGCCACAGUCGGUUAAGGGCGAAAACGGCAGGGCUGAGGGUGGAAAGCGCAUGCGCGACAGCGGACGAGGAGGGAGGGUGGCGGCGCUGCGCAGGCGCGCGACGCCUGCGUUUCUCCCCUCGCGUCGGGUUCGAGCGAGAUUCAGGGCGAAACCCCUGCAAGCCUGCGCAGAUUGAGUAGUUUCUGCCCGCGCUCCCGCCGAUUAAAACCCGCGGUGCCAUACGUCCGGGAUUUCCCGGACACGCAACCCCGGAAUCGCUCAGAAACGUCCAAGUUCUUCGAGAUUUUGUAAAGCUCAACAACUUUUGUGUCUGGAUUUUCACUUUUUGAAAUAUGGCAACCCUAUAAUAAUUUAAUUAACUGUCCGUGCCCUGAGUGGAGCUUUGAAUUUUUGUUCUGCUACACCACAGAAUAAGAGUUGGAAGGGACCACAAGGGUCAUCUAGUCCAACCUCCUUCAGUGCAGGAAUCUUUUGCCCAAUGUGGGACUCGAACCCACAACCCUGAGAUUAAGAGCCCCGGCUGAGCUGUCCCAGCUGUAAACAACACAACCCUGUUAAAACUUAAAAAUACGGUUGCCAUAUUUCAAAAAGUGAAAAUCCAGACACAAAAGUUGAGUGCUUUUUUUUUUAAUGGAAUUCUACAAAAUUUACACUUCCAACAUGGGCUGCCAUUUGUCUGGAUUUUCCUGGAGAUUUCAGUGAUUUCCUCCUGGACACUGUUUCCGACGACUGUCUAUGCCUGGGAAAUUCCGGACGUAUGGCAGCUCUAUAAAUGUUUGGGCAUGCCGUAAACUGAGUGAAUGUGUAGCAACUACCAGUCGCAGAUAUACCCUUUUGGGGGGCAAAGAGUGGGCGGUUGCUGUGCAGCUCCAGACGGCCUGGACUGAAACUAGUUCUCUGGUGCUAGUUCAAUUGCAGGAGCCCCCCAGGCUCAGUUCCCAGUUAAAGGGGUCAGGCAGGGGAUGAUGUGAAAAGCCACAUCGAAAAGAAAGUCCUGCUGGAUCAGACCAAAGGCCUCCCUAGUCUCAACCUCUGGUUUGCCCCAACGGCCAGCCUGUUUUUAGAAUUCUAGAAGGUGGUGCUGGGAGACGACUGCUCAGCCCCACAGCCUUUGCUCUUAGCUAUGUGGCUGCUGGAUUUUGCACCAGUUGAAGCUUCCAAGUUGUCUUCAAGGGCAGCCCCACAUAGGUAAAGGUACCCCUGACCAUUAGGUCCAGUCGUGACCGACUCUGGGGUUGCGGCACUCAUCUCGCUUUAUUGGCCGAGGGAGACUGCGUACAGCUUCCAGGUCAUGUGGCCAGCAUGACUAAGCCGCUUCUGCUGAACCAGCGCAGUGCACGGAAACGCCGUUUACCUUCCCGCCGGAGCAGUACCUAUUUAUCUACUUGCACUUUGACGUGCUUUCAAACUGCUAGGUGGGCUGGAGCAGGGACCGAGCAACGGGAGCUCACCCCGUCGCGGGGAUUCGAACCGCCGACCUUCUGAUCGGCAUGUCCUAGGCUCUGUGGUUUAACCCACAGCGCCACCCAUGUCCCUUCAAAGGCAGCCCCACAUAGAGCAUGUUGAAUAAUUAUCCUUUUGUGUAUCCUGAAUGUUCCAGCAUUCAGCUUCCUUGGAUCGCCCCAAAUGUUAGUACUGUAUUAACAUUGUGACAAUAGAUUUGUGGAAGCCAUUUCCAUGGAAGGUGUUCUCUGUAUAAUAAUAAAAAGUGGCUGAGGACAUUUCCUUAGAAGCAAGUUUCUCAGAUGGUACAUUUCCAGGUAAAUGUAUUUAGGAAUACAGUGGUACUGCGGAUUAAGAACUUAAUUCGUUCUGGAGGUCCAUUCUUAACCUGAAACUGUUCUUAACCUGAGGUACCACUUUAGCGAAUGGGGCCUCCUGCUGCCACCGUGUGAUUUCUGUUCUCAUCCUGAAGCAAAGUUCUUAACCCGAGGUACUAUUUCUGGUUUAGCGGAGUCUGUAACCUGAAGCGUCUGUAACCCGAGGUACCACUGUACACAAACAAAGGGUUCUUGUGGAGCACAACCAAACUCAGUUGAUUUCUGAAUGCCUAGGGUUGCCAGGUUAUGGGUGAAUCAAUAGACAAAUCUGUGAAUGAGUGCGGGGGGGGGGGGGGAGAGACCUUACUGCUUAUCCUCUGCAGCAUCCAGUAUUCGCCACAUGGUUAAAAUUAGCCCAGCAUAAAACAGAGCAGUAGUGCAGCCAGUGAUUUUGUUUCUUUUUCUGUCGCAGACGUGUUGUAUUCCAGACUGAUGGCGUCGGGCACAGCGAGCCGCUCUGAAGACGAAGAGUCUCUGGCAGGGCAAAAAAGGAGUUCCUCACAAGUGUCUGGUGCCAUUCCAAAACGGCGCAGUUCUUCCAGGUACCAUGCUGGGUUGGUUUGGGGAGGCAGCAUUGGGCAGUGGUUUUCAACCAGUGUUCCGUGGCACCUUGGGGUCCCUUGAAUGAUAUUCAGGGCAAUAUUGGCCUUUGUCCCUCCAUCCCUCCCUCCCUCUGAUGCCCUCUCGUGUCUCUGCCUCCCAAAGGCUUGCACGGCUGUUUGUUGCAGCAGCCCUGGCUACUAGUUCCCCGGGCGAAUGGUGCCUCUGGGGUUGGCCAAGGGGUGCUGGUUGCCAGGAGCUGAGGUGGACAGAGUAAGCAAGCAAGUGGGCGAGGAAGCCCAGCCAGCCAGUCCUUGCUGUUGGGAAUGGACGGACAAGUGGGAGCCUAGGCAUGCUGGCCUUUCUUGCGCUUACAGUGUGCAAGGCCUGCCUGGGAGCUGAGUGCCCAGCUCCAAAGGGGAGUCUUUCCACCAUGCAGGACUGGUGGUGCCCGCUGCUGCCAUUGCUGCCUCCCAGUGUAAGGUGCUGGCCUCACAUUCACCUUUGGCCAGUCUCCUUCAGGCCGCUAAGGCUGGUGGCAUCCUCUUCCCAGGCCUGUGGGGCAGCGUGAGAAGGCACCUCUCUUUGGGGCAGAGUGGGUGGGUCAGAGAUCAGGGACAGCAGCAACAGCUACCCAGAGGACUUCCAAGGAGAGGGGAGAGGAGAGAAGGCUGAGGGAACAUUGCACAAGGGGGCAUGUUGAAAAAGGGUGAGAGGCUGCAGCUCUGCAGGCAAGGGGUGACGUUACUGGGCUCCUGAGCCCCACAGGGGUGCCGCAGAAAGAAUGUAGUUGGUUAAGGGAGCCACGGACUCAAAAAGGUUGAAAACCUUUGAGCUAGGGAAAAGGAGGACACCUGGUGCCUGAGCUUGGAGACUGGAGCAGCUGAAUAGAAUAGAGAUCAUUGUGGGUUGGCUAUGGUUUCCCCCCCUGAAAUCCAGGUGCUAAAGGGUAGAUAAAUAGUCUGGCUCCUUUUUUGCCUAGGGGUUUUCACUGUUCUGAAGAUAACUGGGAAAUUCACCUGUGGGGCCACAGCAUAAAACCCUAAAAGCUCUUUUAAUUAGGAGGAGGAACCCAAAACAAUGUGACUACAAUCCUACAAUAUGACUCACAUGAAGGGGCAACAUGGCUCUAAAGGAGCUGUGCAUUUUACCCUAUUCCUUAAGUUAAGCAGCUUCUCCUGGCCCCGUAUCUGUGGGUUUUUUUAAAUAGUUGUUUUUAUUAAAGUAUUUUCAUAGUUAACAAGGGUACAUGCAACGUCUUUGUUUUCAGUUCAUUGAGUCCUCUCUACAGGUCUGUUACGUUUGGUGUGAGACUCUGCUGUUAUAGACAUUGUGAGGUUGCGGGGGUGAGAAAGAAGUGGGCGUGAGAUUUUUCUUUUGCUUAGUGCAUGUGUAGAGUUUUUUGUCUCAGCAUCAUGAGGAUAGGUUCUUUUAUCUGUUUGUUUGAUUUUGUUGGCAGUGUGGGAGCUUGGAGAGCCUGUAGCAUGAUUGGGUGCAUUUAGUUGCUUGCAGUGAGUUUUCUUUGUGUGGGAGAGGGGUUGUUGCGUCAAGUUAGCUAUAUCAAUUUGUAUUCUACAGGGGGCGGGGUGCUAUGUUGUUUUAUUGAGAUGUGUAUGUGAUAAAGGGGGGAACAUACUGGGGUGAAGCGAUCUUCUUUUGCUGGUCCCCCUGCUAGUUUCAGUUUGUUGGUUAGCUUUUCUAGUGUGGCCCCGUGUCUGGUCUGUUGAGGGAUGGUUUCUGAAGUGGAGAGCCUUUUCUAGUCGUGGACAGUUUGGAACCCUGACUUCCAAAUCACACAGGGAGCUUCCACAGGUGGAAAAGGUUCUCUCCUCCACUCUGUAAGUUAUGCCUCAACAUACAAGAAGCUAGGAGGAGCGGUGCUGACUGCAGCCCCUUUGUAUUCAUCUUAUUCGCAAAGGGGUCAUAUAAAUACAGUCAUACCUUGAGUUACAGACGCUUCAGGUUCUGUUUUUUCAGGUUAUAGACCGCUGAAACCUGGAAGUACCGGAAUGGGUUACUUCCGGGUUUCGGUGGUUGUGCAUGAGCAGAAGCACUAAAUCGCGCUUUGCGCAUGCACAGAAGCGCCGAAUCGCAACCCACGCGUGUGCAGACACGACACUGCUGGUUGCGAACGUGCAUCCAGCACAGAUCACGUUCGCAACCUGAGCGUCCACUGUAACUGCAAGUGUGGUCCUGGUGGGUUCAGAACCAAAUAUGCCCCAUUCAGAGUUGUAACCUGGCACCUUAUUCAUUUCCCCUUGCGGUCCAGGCUUUUACCAUUUUUGUUUGAUUUCUUACCUGCCCUACGCACAAUACAAUAUUAAAGUCAGUUUAAAACAAAUGCAGGCAAAGGAAUGGAUUGCUCCCUGCUGCAAGGCCCAUUUCCACCUGGCCUAGGGGCUGGGGCCCAGACUCACCUCCAACAGCUAAAAAAGGCUCCUGGGAGGCUGGAGGGACAUUGCUGGAACAACUCUUGGCUAAAAUGUUUUAUAACGGUUUAAACGGUUCUAAUUUUUGUUCCUCUGUUUUGUUUUUGUUGGGUUGGGGUUGGUUAAAUGUUUACUUGGGGUUGAUGGUUAUUUUAAUUUGGGUAUAACUGUAAACUUUAUUAUUAUUAUUAUUAUUAUUAUUAUUAUUACUAGUAUUCUUAUUGUUACUACUACUACUACUAUUAUAAUUAGUAUUAUUAGUUUUUAUUGAUUUACUGGUUUAUGGUCUGUAUAAGAUAUUCUGCUUUUUUAUGUUUGAUUAGGUUUUUAUAUAUGCUGUAAGCCGCCCAGAGUGGGUGGGGAAAUCCAGCCAGAUGGGUGGGAUAUAAAUGUUGUUGUUGCUGUUCUUCUUCUUCCUCUUCCUCUUCCUCUUCCCCUUCUUCUUCACUGGUCUUGUAAACAAAUUCCUUUAAGUGGGGAAACUCCCCAGUCAUUCUGAAUCCCUUUGUGGACUUCAGCCUUCAGGAAGUUCCAUUGACAACCCAUAUUCAUAUUGUUUGUAGCAGUGCUGAUGAGGCCAUUGGUGGAGGUAACUUGCUGCAAUAUAAUACAGAAUUUCCUCAUUCUAGGUUCAUCAAGCGGAAGAAGUUUGAUGAUGAGCUGGUAGAGAGCAGCCUUGCCAAAUCAUCCAGCCGGGCCAAGGGUCCCAGUGGGGUGGAGCCAGGGCGCUGCUCUGGCAGUGAACCCUCUUCCAGUGAGAAGAAGAAGGUGAGUUAGGUUAUAUAUACCUCCCUCGAUAAGAGCCACCAUAGCAGAUCUGUGGCCUUAAGUAACCUUGCGAUGCAAUUUGUCAGCGGCCGCGGCUCUCUGCUACAUUUUGGCUUCGUUGUGUUGCUGUGCCUGUUGUAGUCUGUAUGCCAACCUCUGCUUCCGCAGGUGUCCAAAUCUGUCUCUGCACCUGUCACUCCAAGCCCAGCUCCAAACCCCAGCCUCACCAAACGGAUGAAGAAGAGCAAGCAGCCCUUGCAGGUCAACAAGGAUUUGGGCCGCUGGAAACCCACUGAUGAUUUGUUGCUGAUCAACGCUGUGCUUCAGGUAGUAGAACAGGGUUAAGACUUGCAGAUAGAUGCAGAUAUAGGGAUGCCAGGUGAUCUUAAAAUCAAGAUCCACAGUGGAUCAGGAACAGUCUUUGAUUUCAAGAAACUCGUAGUGACUGAAGUGAGGCUCCCAGGCAGUCUUCCAUGUGCAGAUGUUAAAAUAAUGACAUCUGUAAUGCCCUGAGCCCAUUCUCUGUUGCCAUAUUGGCCUGGGUAUGUAUACCUGGGGCCUUGCGUUCCCACAUUUUGUGGUGAGCUGCUGCCAGGUCGUGUGGACAGUAGUGAGCUAGAUGGACCAUAUAAGGCAGCUUCAUAUAUAUCAGCCUUUCUCAACCUGUGGGUCCCCAGAUGUUGUUGGACUACAACUCCCAUCACCCCUAGCUAGCAAGGCCAGAGCUCAGGGAUGAUGGGAGUUGUAGUCCAGCAACAUCUGGGGACGCACAGGUUGAGAACUGCUGAUAUAUAUUCUCAUGUGUUCUAAUUCCAUGCAUUUUCAACAUUGCUCAGUAAUUACCUUUUUAUUUAUUUUAUUUAUUUAUUUAAUUUAUAUACUGCCCUUUUAAAUCUCCAUCUCACCCGAAAGGGUUCUUAAUGAAUCAUUCCUCUAGGGCAGUGAUGGCCAAACUCAGCCCUCCAGCUGUUUUGGGACUACACUUCCCAUCAUCCCUGACCACUGGUCCUGUUAGCUAGGGAUGGUGGGAGUUGUAGUCAAAAACAGCUAGAGGGUCGGGUUUGGCCAUCACUGCUCUAGGGAAUAGACAGGGUGAAACGGAACAAUCGAGUGCCUUGUGACCCUCGACAGCCUCACUCCUGCCCCUUAUAAAUUUAUCCUAGUGGUUUGAAAUAUCUUAACUUGUAAUGCCAAUAAAGGUAUUUGUAUUGUAUUGUACUGCCGUAUACCUGGAGGUCUCAGGGCGGUUCACAGAAAAGAUCACAAUAUAAAAAAAGAAAAUAAGAACAAUAACCCUCUUACUUCCUCCUCCAGUGUGUUCUGUUUGAGCACAAAGCAGUUGAAGCCAAUUUCUACCUUUUUCAAAAUCGUCUGCUUGCCCUAGGCUGGAGCAUGGUUGUCCACAGAGAGUUGGGCAUCUCUGUGUGAGCGACUGUGAUUCGUAUGGGCAGGCUUCGCAGGCAUCUGUUACAUGCAAGGAAGAGUUAUUACAGUCAUACCUUGGGUUACAGACGUUUUGGGUUGCGUACCGUGCCAAACCCGGAAGUACCGGUUUCGGCGCAUGUGCAGAAGCGCGAAAUUGUGCUUUGUGCAUGCGCAGAAGACCAAAUCGAACCCGCGCGCCGUGGGUUGGGAACACUGUGGGUUGCGAACAUGCCUCCCGCAUGGAUCACGUUCACAACCCAAGCGUCCACUGUAUUCCCAAGAGUAAUUUCUCUUUCUCUUCCUCUCUGAAGACCAAUGACUUGACCUCUGUGCACCUGGGAGUGAAGUUCAGCUGCCGUUUUAAUCUGCGGGAGAUCCAGGAGAGAUGGUACGCUCUGCUCUAUGACCCCGUGAUUUCCAAGUAAGUUUUCUCCUCCACGUUUCUCAGAGUGGGAGGUAUGGGGAUUGAUCCUAUUAAAGGGGUGUCUUGUCUCCCAAGAACAAAGUGCUUCCUUUUCUGUCUGACGUCUAUGGACCAUCUCAAUUUGAGGACUAGGACUAGAUCAGCUUGUGAUGAGAGGGAAGACAAUCCGUUAUACCGGUGGAGGAACAUGGUUUUCACCUAGCUCCGAAAGUUUUCAUAAAUGCCCUUACUUGGAAGUAAAUUCUUUUGAAAUGAACAGGACUUGCCUUUGAAGUUUGUUUUCGGAAUGGAAGGCUCUGUGUAUGGGCAAGGAGGUUCCUUUACUGUCCUUUCCUCUUCGUUCUUCAGCCCUACAGAGCAGGAGGAAGGAUGCAAUAUUCUCGAUUUAGUCCCCUUUAAAAAUAAAAUAAAGUCAGGCUUCUUGAUGAGAUGGCACUGCAAGGUGGACUCUCAGCACUGUUUGUUUCCAAACAGCUGCUGAGAGCAGAGCUGGUUUCACUGGGAAGCGUUUGUUCCCUUCUUCCUCAGUGCCUGAAAGUGAAUUGCCCCUUUGGCAUAUCCAGACCUCACCUAAGAAGGCAAUUUUGCUUGUGUUUCUGCGGUUAAGACAUUUAUGAGGCUUAUUGGAAGUUUUAAGAGUGUUUACCCCCAAUAAAAGUGGAUUUUGAUUGCACAAAUGAGACUCCCUAUGGGUUCAUCUUGGCAUUUGUGAGGAUAGAAAACCAACUACACACCCCUGUUUAUGUUUUCCUUUUCUUUUUUAAGUUCUAUAUUUUCUUGGGUUAAUGCCAGUGGUUGCUGUUUGGUGUGGGGCGACUGAUCCCUUUUUAUUCUCUUUUCCCCUUCCUCCACCAGGCUGUCUUGCCAGGCCAUGCGGCAGCUGCAUCCGGAAGCCAUAGCCUCUAUGCAGAGUAAAGUGCUCUUCAGCAAAGCAGAGGAGCAGCUACUAAGCAAAGUGGGAUCGGUAAGGAUCAAGAACGGGCUACUUCAACUAUAACCCUGGUUACCUUAGAGCAGGGGUCAGCAAACAUUUUCAGCAGGGGGCUGGUCCACUGUCCCUCAGACCUUGUGGGGGGCUGGACUAUAUUUGGGGGGGGGGGGGAUGAACAAAUUCCUAUGCCCCACAAAUAACCCAGAGAUGCAUUUUAAAUAAAAGUACACAUUCUGCUCAUGUAAAAAUACACUGAUUCCCGCACUGUCCGCGGGCCGGAUUGAGAAGGCGAUUGAGCCGGAUCCGGCCCCUGGGCCUUAGUUUGCCUACCCAUGCCUUAGAGCAGCGGUUCUCAACUUGUGGGUCCCCAGAUGUUGUUGGACUACAACUCCCAUCAUCCCUGAGCUCUGGCCUUGCUAGCUAGGUGUGAUGGGAGUUGUAGUUCAACAACAUCUGGGGACCCACAGGUUGAGAAAGGCUGCCUUAGAGGAAAGCAAGGCAGGGUUCAGAGUAGCUCCUUUUCUCCCUGAUGAUUUUUGGUAGAGUUUUGCCGUGCCCUGUAUAGCAAGUGGCUUGCUUGAUAUAACAGCCACCCUGGCAUUUACAAAGCUUUUCUUCUUUAUGCGUGUAAAUAUUUGUGUGUGUGUGCGUGAGAUUGUAAUAUCUUGUAUACUAAUGGCACACUCCGUUUCUAAGCGUUGUCUUUAUGUACCCAAAAUGACACCACUUCCUCAUGAAAGAGGGUUGUCAACAGGUUUGGGGGGAAACCCCAGGUAUGCAGAAGUGGUCAUAAUCAUUAGAAAAAGGAGCCUGAAGAGAGGGAGAUAACCAGAAGCGAGGGCGCAGAAUGCCCUGUCUCUGUAACUGGGGUGGGGGAUGCGACAAAAAGACAAAGGGACGAAAGAUGAUGGAUCAGAGUUUCUCAAAGGGCAUUCACUGGCUAAGCUGGAAGCCUGAACAGAAACAUUCCACGCAGCAACAAUUUCUUGAAGGUCUCCCUUGUAUAAUUUUGAGGUGAUUGAAUGGCCACACAAAGUUUGCGGCCUGUAAAUUUCAUUCUCAUCUUUCUAGAAAACAUGACAGUUUUUUCCUUCUCUCUCUCUCUAAUUUUUAUUAGAUUUUCUGUUUUACAAUUUUAAAGUACUCAUUUUUACAUCCUUAAAAUAUCAGUGACUUCCUUUCUUCUCUUUCCAUGGUUCAUUUUACAUAUCAUAAAUCCCUGCACAUUUUACAAAAACUAUACCAUUCAGUAUUCCAUUAUUACAUCUAUCAAAACUUAUUCACGCUGUUGAAUUUAUCUUAAUGCUGCCAGCAUUUUCAGCUGUACACAGUUAUUUCCCAUAUAUUCAGUAAACGUUUUCCAAUCUUCUCUAAACGUAUGUUCUUCUUGUUCUCUUGUUCUGUAUGUUAAGUCUGCAAGCUGCACGUAUUCUUGACAGUUGACUUUUAACUUGAUGGGCUUAACACGAGUUAAAAUCUCUAUUCGUGGAAAAUAAAUGUGAGAAGCAGCCUUUGGCGGAGGUCCUUUUCUUCCUGCUUGAGCCUCCUUUCUCUUAUUCCUAGACCAGCCAACCCACCCUGGACACCUUCCAGGAUCUUCUGCACAAGCACCCCGAGGUUUUCUACCCUUCCCGCACUGCCAAGGUCCUGCAGACGCAUUGGCAACUCAUGAAGCAGUACUACCUCUUGGAUGAUCAAACAGGUAUGGCCAGCUAAUCUGUUGCCAGGUAAAGUUUGGAACCUGCGGCUUGUGCCAGGAUUCUGAACCGUCCUUUGCCCUCUCUGGUCUCUUCCAGUGCAGCCACUGCCCAAAGGGGACCAGGUGCUCAACUUCUCUGAUGCCGAAGACAUGAUAGAUGACAGCAAACUAAAGUAAGUGAAAAGGGUGUGGCUAAGGCCAGCUGCGUUCCCUCUGUUCAUUAGAAACACUCUGCCAUCAGUAUUCCUGGCCUAUGUAUGUCUGGCUUAGUGGCCAGAGAACCUUCGGUUUCAGCCUGGACAUAUGUUAGCCUAAGGGUUAGUUAAACUCACAUCCAGUCCACACUUCAAUAGGAAUCUAUAUUCAUUUUUUUAUUUAUAACGUGAACGCAAUUUGAAUAGCGGCAGCUAGACUGGUGACUGGGAGCAGCCACUGAGACCAUAUAACACCGGUCCUGAAAGACCUACAUUGGCUCCCAGUACAUUUCCGAGCACAAUUCAAAGUGUUGGUGCUGACCUUUAUAACCUUAAACGGCCUCAGCCCAGUAUACCUGAAGGAACAUCUCCACUCCCAUCGUUCAGCCAAGACACUGAGGUCCAGCUCCAAAGGCCUUCUGGCGGUUCCCUCACUGCAGGAAGUGAGGUUGCAGGGAAUCAGGCAGAGGGCCUUCUCGGUAGUGGCACCCGCCCUGUGGAAUGCCCUCCCUUCAGAUGUCAAAGAAAUAAACAACUAUCUGACUUUUAGAAUCUGAAUCUGAAGAAGUGUUCAUGCAACUCAGAACAAACUUAGUUGGUCUCUAAGGUGCUACUGGACAAUUUUUUAAAAAUAUAUUUUGAAUUUUAGAAGACACCUGAAGGCAGUCCUGUAUCAGGAAGUUUUUAAUGUGUGAUGUUUUAUUGUGUUUUUAAUGUUCUGUUGGGAGCCGCCCAGAGUGGUUGGGGAAACCCAGCCAGAUGGGCGGGGUGUAAAUUAUUAUUAUAGCAAACAACUUAUUAAUGCAGAUGAUCAGUAGGAGGGGGUUGGAUCUGCCUGAGAUUAAAUUGCCGGCCCUUGAGGCUGCAACACAAAGUGACCAAGAAGAAGGCCAGAGAGAGGGGUUUUCCCCCUAAAUGAGUUGGUCUAAACCGGAUUAGGUAGAUGUUCAAUGUGGGAGCAAUUAAUUGAUGCAUUCUAACUGAUCCUAAGGCUUGAUCAGAUCGACACUGGGAAAACCAAAGCAUUUCUAGAUAGGGAGACUAGGGGGCAGUAUAACAUAUAACACGGUGCCCAGUUGGCACACAUCAUCCUUAAAGCUUAAAAUCCAAGACAAGUCGCUGCUGCUGUCAUUGUCCAGAUGAGGACACAGUGUGACUUAAUGCCUGAGGCCACCCGUUUGAGAGAGCAGAUGUGGGGCCUUUCAGACCUAGGGUAAUACUAGUUAAUGAGUGGAGUCCAUGGUGAGUUUUGUUUCUCCUCAUUUUUCAUCCAGCAGUCUGGCUAUUGCUGUGCUGCAGUUUUGAGCAUUGCUGUGCUUCUCUCAACAUGCACAUGGCAGAUCCCUAAUCCAGCCAACACAGGCUAGUGUUUUUUGAGAAUAUAUAUAAGUGGCCCAGGCAGUGGAGUUGAGUGGUCAGUUACCGAUUCAAGAUCUAACAUCUCUCUCUCUCUCUCUCUCUCUCUCUCUUUCUUUCUCUCUCUCUCUCUCCCUCUCCCUCCCUCCUCUCUUCUGUAGGGAUGUCCGAGACGAGGUGUUGGAGCAUGGUGAGUUUGUUGCAAGUGCUGUUUGGAGCAAAAAUAACGCUCUUCAAAUGGCUCCGUCUCCAUAAAACUCUGUGUGAUUCUGGCUGGUGUUAUCCCUGUGAGCCAGCUCUUGGGCGAAAAUGAAAAAAACAACUCCGCUCUGUAAAAUCAGAAUCACUUGUAAUAUGUGUUAGAAUCCCUAUUGGGCAGCUAUGGGCAGGUAGCAGGACUGAGCCUCACGUAUUCUAUAUGUAAGGAAACCGCCCCUUUAUUGUGGAGGCCAGCACUCUCAACAUGGGUUGGGAACGAAUGCUUGCAGAGAGAGGAGCUAAGCUUUCUCCUCGCCCCGCCUCCUCAGUCUUGCCUUAAUGGUCGCAGGCCGGAUCUACACUCGUGGUUUAUAACGGUAAAAAACGUGUUAAAAACGCCGGAGGGCGCUGCAGAGCAGCGAGCCGCCAGCAAAGGGAAACUGCAUUAAGCAUUAUAGAAUGUUAAAUCUGAAAACGUUUAGAAGAACAAUGUGGGUCCAACCCUAGACAGAAGCGAGCUUUACCUGCAGUGGAAUAAUUUAUCCAGCCCCAAGACCACUUCUCUCUCUUUUUCUCUCUCCUGGUUUUUCAUGAUUAUUUAUUUAAAAUUACUUUCGUUUUUCUUUCAAAAAUCUGUUCCUCAUGCUUGCGGCCUUUCUCCUCGCAGAACUGACAGUGGCAGACCGGAGACAGAAGCGUGAAAUCCGGCAACUGGAGCAAGAGCUCCACAAGUGGCAGGUGCUGGUGGACAGCAUAACAGGUGAGAGAAGAGCCACACCAUGUCUCUUCUCGCGGGUGAGAAACCCCAUCUCCUAGUGUUGCGGCACUUGUUCCCCCGGGACUUCCAGCUAAUACUAGGCAAGCACGUUUGUUUAUUGCUUUUGACGUCUGCUAAGAGCAGCUUCGUGGAGGCAACCCUAUCCAGACAAUGUAAUGCUAUUAUGUGCAUUUGUUUUUGUUAAAGCCUUUUUGCCUCCAUUUUCAUAGUUUUGUUUAUAUACCGCUUUAUUCUAGGAAACCUCAACACAGUUUAAAAUUUUUUUAUUCUAUAAUAAUAAUAAUAUUGCCUACUGUUUUUAGAGUUUGCUGUUACUGCUAUUUUUGAGCGAAUACUUCAUAGAGGUUGAUUUUUUUUAAUUCAGUAAUAUAUAAAUUUUCCUUGAAUAAACAUGGAAUGCCCUCCUAUCAGAUGUCAAGGAAAUAAACUUCUAUCUGACUUUUAGAAGACAUCUGAAAGCAGCCCUGUACAGGGAGGUUUUUUAGUGUUUGAUAUUUCAUAUUUUGUUGGAAGCUGUCCAGAGUGGCUGGCAAAUAAACAACAACAAUAACAACAAUAACUACUAUUACUAUUAAAUAAAGGGCUCCUUUGGUGAGAGCAACUAAGUGAGAGUCCUGGAGACACAACCCACCUUUCCUUGCCCAGCAUGCUUCAGUUACCAUGGCCUUCCAAUGGCCAUGUCUGUCUAAUCCUUCCUUUUCUUUCUCCCAGGAAUGAGUUCCCCUGAUUUUGAUAACCAAACAUUGGCUGUGCUGCGUGGAAGAAUGGUGCGUUAUCUCAUGCGCUCCCGGGAGGUGAGUCCAGUCUGUCCUUUGGCUGCUUAGAUUGAGACAGUGCAGAGCUUUUUCAAGGUAGGAUUGCAUCAGAGAGAGCAAGUUGCAUAUAGUUCUGUCAGUAACGGAGCCAACAAUAACGGAACAGAACAUCAGUGUCUGGCACUAAUUUUAAAACACUGUGGCACUGUGGUCUAAACCACUGAGCCUCUUGGGCUUGCCGAUCUGAAGGUGGGGGGUUCGAAUCCCUGCAACGGAGUGAGCUCCUGUUGCUCUGUCCCAGCUCCUGCCAACCUACCAGUUUGAAAGCACACCAGCGCAAGUAGAUAAAUAGGUACCGCUGCGGUGGGAAGGUAAAUGGUGUUUCUGUGCGCUCUGGUUUCGGUCACGGUUUUAUGUUGCGCCAGAAGCAGUUUAGUCAUGCUGGCCACAUGACCUGGAAAGCUGUCUGCGGACAAACGCCAGCUCCCUCGGCCUGAAAAUGAGAUGAGCGCCACAACCCCAUAGUUGCCUUUGACUGGACUUAACUGUCCAGGGGUCCUUUACCUUUUACCAAUAUAUAUAAAUUUGUAGCCUCUACAGAAUUCCCAACUAUAUUUCUAAGCCAAAAAUAACAGUUGUAGGAGUGUUUGUGUGUGUAUUUACAUUCAAGAGUUGGAGAACUCCUUUUCACAAGUAAGAAGUAUCUUCAGUAUGAUUCUACUUCUAAGGAGUUCUAUUUUCCUCUUCUGCUAUGGUGCAACUUUAUCUGUAAUGUGGAAUCUGGAAUCGACCUCCCAAGAGAUUGCAGGCUUUUGCUAACAGCAGCUUCAAUAUCCAUGUCAGAAUGCAAUGCACAAAUUCAGCAGGAAAACGCAGUGAGCCAGAAUCAGUUAAUGAAGCCCACACAGGAAUUUCGGCUAGCGCAAUGGGGCUUCCACUGCUCACCCCUAAAUUGGUUCUGAGGGGGGGUCAGGAGAACCCCCAUAACAGCACGCAAAGGGAGGAGAGGGGGUUGUUCUGUUUGGCAAGGAAGGUAAAAUGCUUGCGCUGAUGGAACGAUUGCCAUAGCCGUGUCGAUUUGGCUAAUUAAUUUUGAUGGCUGUGGAUUGCAAUUUCCUUGGUGCAAAAUGCUGGUCCCAUUGACACACGAUGAACAUUUCUGUUCAUUUCCUCUUCCAGAUCACACUUGGCAGAGCCACCAAAGACAAUCAGAUUGAUGUGGAUCUAGCGCUCGAGGGGCCAGCCUGGAAAAUAUCUCGCAAGCAAGGUGCUUGAGAUUGGGCUACCGCAUUUGAGUUGCUCGGGGAGAAGGACUUUGUAGGACAUGGGGUGUGAAAUUGCGGUAGGAUGGAAAGGGAAGGCAGCCCUUUGAGUACCUGCAUAGGGCUGAUAAGUUACGCCUCUGUGUUUAAUUUCUCUCCAUGGUUCCUGAUGUGAAUGCCAUGUGAUAUCAAGGUGCCUUUGGUGUUUUGCUGUGUCAGAAAUUGCAGGUGAGGCAGUUGCUGUUCCUUGCCCUAAAUCAGGAAUUGGUAACUGAUGGCCAUAUGAGGACUUCCAAGACAUUAGUUGGAAAUCUGUAGACUUUUUAACUAUACCUGAAGGAGCGUCUCCACCCCCAUUGUUCAGCCUGGACACUGAGGUCUAGCUCCGAGGGCCUUCUGGCGGUUCCCUCACUGCGAGAUGUGAGGUUGCAGGGAACCAGGCAGAGGACCUUCUCGGUAGUGGCGCCCACCCUGUGGAAUGCCCUCCCAUCAGAUGUCAAGGAAGUAAACAACUACAGUUAUACCUUGGGUUACAGACGCUUCAGGUUGCGCGUUUUCGGGUUGCGCACCGCACCAAACCCAGAAGUACCAGAACGGGUUACUUCCGGGUUUCGGCGCAUGCACAGAAACACCAAAUCGCAACCCGCAUGUGCACAGACGUGGCGCUGCAGGUUGCGAACGUGCCUCCCGCACAGAUCACGUUCACAACCCAAGCGUCCACUGUAUCCGACUUAUAGAAGACAUCUGAAGGCAUCUCUGUUUAGGGAAGUGUUUGAUGUUUUGUUGUGUUUUUAAUAUUCUGUUGGGAGCCACACAGAGUGGCUGGGGAAACCCAGCGAGAUGGGUGGGGUUAUAAAUAAUAAAGUAUUACUAUAGCAAACAACUUGUAAAUGCAGAUGAUCAGUAGGAGGGGGUUGGAUCUGCCUGAGAUUAAAUUGCUGGCCCUUGAGGCUGCAACACAAAGUGACUAAUAAUAAUAAUAAUAUAUUGGUGUUUAAAAAGGCACAAUAAGGAAAGUCCAAAUUCAGUGACAUUUACCAGUUUGCACAUUUUUAAAUAGCCUUGGAAAAAUUGACCUGAGCUGCUCACUUUUGAGAGCCAAAAUUUCCAAUAAGGAUAUUGCAGAUUCAGGGUCUCUAACCUGCUACAAAACACACAGUUUCAAUUACCCUCGACUUACGAGGCAUUCUCUGCAAGCAGUUGUGGCCAGUUUUCUUCCUUCUGCUUGGAAAGUCUAACUUCUCAUCUCUCCAUGUGCACACACAGGUGUCAUCAAACUGAAGAACAAUGGCGACUUUUUCCUGGCAAACGAAGGCCGGCGGCCCAUUUAUGUGGAUGGGCGCCCAGUGCUUUGUGGCAGCAAAUGGAAGCUCAGCAACAACUCAGUGGUGGAGGUGAGCCGUUGGAGGUGGGCAGGGCGGAGGGCUGUGCUGCUUUGUGGUGAAAGGUUUCACAGUCUUCUUGGUUGAUGGUUCCAUAACAAGAUGAUGCCAGUAUCCAGAGCAGCUGAGCCCGGCCCUAAAUCCAUGGGAUGCUAGACUCCCUUGCCUGUUGUGAAUUUUGAUUCCGCACAGAACCAGCAAACAUAAUAAAUAAAAAGUGCUGGGGUGUAGUUUCUUCAGCCGCUGUCCGCCAAGAGCCUGGUGCUAGCUGGAAGGUAGACAACUUCCUUGAGGUUGGUUUAUUACCUGUCCAGAGAGCCUCCGGUUUGGGAAGACAUCGUUUCUUGCAGCAGCCAAUUUGGCCUCUCAGUGAGGUGGGCUAGGCUAUAAAACACAGCUUUCCAAAGUGUGUGUUGCGGCACAUCAGCGUGUCGGCUGCUAGAAAAACUGAAUUCCUUGUGUCAUGAAAUGAUGCACGUCUAAAAAGUGUAUCACCAACACGACAAGUUUUGAAAGCUCUGCUGUAAAAGAUGCAGCGCUUCCUUCCGCCCCCCACCGCACCCAGACUGACAGCCUUUCUCUUUCCCCCUAGAUCGCAAGCUUGCGCUUUGUCUUCCUCAUCAACCAAGACCUGAUUGCGCUUAUUAAGGCAGAGGCUGCCAAAAUUGCCCAGCCCUGAGGCUUGGAUCAAGCCCAAGGCUCCAUUGGACCUGUGUGUGGCUGCCCACCCCCUGCCCCGGACUCCUUUUGCCAGCAGGGACCACCAUGCUUAAUGAUGAAGAUGCAGCUAUAUAGAGCCUGCCCUCCCUUAGGCUAGGGCUGAAGCUUCUUGGGGGCCUUUUCCUUUGCGGCUGAGGAGGAGGACGAGCUCUGCUUCAUCCGUCAGCGGAUCUAUGUAAAAGAAAGGUAUGAGCCAGGCCUUAGACCAGCCCCUUGUUUGGGUGUUCUUGGCAGUGUGGGGCAUUUGCUGGCGAGGGUUGUGUGGCUGUUGCGCUGGAUACUCUUUGGGACGGAGUGACGAAAACCACCAUGGAGGAUUAAGGGCCGGGGAGUAAGUGUCAAAACGAGCUAAUAAAUAGUUGCAAAUCUCACUACUCUGUGUUGUGCUGGU